ACACUCCUCCUGCUCCCGCUGCUCCGCUCCUCUACAGCCAGUCGAUGUGCGGGAGGAAAUUCGCAACUCCCAUCUAUUUUUUUUUUCUAUUUUUUUUUUUUUUUUCUAUCAGUGUCUCCAUCGUCGUGAAGACAAAGAGGAGCCCUGCAAAGUGAAGAUGGGCUGCCAUCAGUAGCGGGAGAAGCCGCUCCUGUAAAGUCACUUGUUUCUGCAAGCGUCCCCGCCCGGAGGCGAGACAGCAGGCGCCGGUCCUCGGAGACUCUCCGCGGCUUGGGAUGCGCAGAGAUGUGAGAGUAAAAAGAGCGAGAGAGCGAGGGAUUGUGAUUGGCCGCGCUCAUCCUAAAAGCCACCGAGGAGCAUCGGGCGAGGCAUGUCAGAGAAUUCACGGGGAGGCAUCAAAACUUGGAGAAGACGUACGUCGACGCGUUUGCAGCAGCAGCACCGGGCUGUGUAGGUAAACUUGCACCAUCUCCCGCCCCGCAAGGAGCCAGCGAGGAAAGGACGCGCUUUCCGUGGUGCUGAAACGGGUGGGCUCGGCUGAUCAACUAGUGAAGAAGAGGAGAGACAGUCUCACUUUGUUCCCCAGCGUCAUGGUAGAUGUUGGAGCUUUGAUUAGAACCUAUUAUAUACGCACCAUACUGUGCCGCAUUAUGGUGUGGAUGAAGUUAAGGAUGGAGAUGGAUUCCCUUUGGAUACGACUACGAAGAAUGCCCCGUGGCUUUUGGUUCAUCCUGCUGUUUGGCAUUGGAGGUGCACUUCUCUUCCUUCACCUAGAGAUCCUAUCAGAGAUGUUCCUACAGCAAGGCCCUGGAAUGAGCUCUCCGCGGCAGUCCAAAGAGGGCCUCCAAGCUGCAGAAGCCAACCCCGUCUCCCCAAUGCAGCACCCGAACGUUGAGGAGAGCAAACAGAAAGCUACCACUGUCUCCCAGGAGCAGGAUAUAGGUACCCCUCAAAUCACCAAGAGACAACGCAAACUACUGAAAACAAGUCCUCAGAUCACUCACAGCAAAAAUGUCUCCCUAACAUCUCUUCCUGGUUUUUCUGCAAAAGGGAGCCUAAGUAACCUCUCAAGCAUCUUAGAAGCGCGGAAGCAGGUAAUGAAGAAUAUGUGUGCAAAAUAUAAAAGCGGCAUCUCAAGGACGAUCACACCGGAUCAUGUGAAAUACAUAUAUGUGGAGGAGAAAUACAAGGUAUUGUACUGUGAGGUGCCCAAAUCAGGUUGCUCCAACUGGAAGAGGACCCUUAUAGUGUUGUCGGGCAAGGCGUCCAACCCGGACAGCCUUAAUCAUGAACAGGUACACUAUGGUGGGUACCUCAAGACGCUGAAUAGAUUCAACCAAAAAGAAAUAAUGCACCGUCUCCAAACCUAUAAAAAAUUUAUGUUUGUCCGUGAGCCCCUGGAUAGGGUUGUGUCAGCGUACAGGGACAAGUUUGAGAAUCCCAAUGACUACUACCACAAUCUGUUUGGAAAACCCAUCAUUUCAAAAUACAGGGUGGCCCCAUCUGCAGAAGCCCUUAAAACUGGCAAUGGGGUCACAUUCAAGGAGUUUGUGCAGUACUUGCUGGAUGGCCACCGACCGGUGGGAAUGGACAUCCACUGGGAGCAAAUGAACAAGCUCUGCCACCCUUGUCUCAUAGACUAUGACCUGAUCGGCAAGUUUGAGAACAUGGGGGAGGAGUCCAACUUCCUGCUGCGAAUGAUUGGAGCACCGGACAGCCUCAAACUACCUAGUUUUAAAGACAGGAAUCCAAAAGACGUGCGGACCUCUAAAGAGAUCACAGAAAAGUACUUUUCCCAGGUCAGCUUGAUGGAGAGACAGAGAGCAUACGACUUCUACUACAUGGACUACCUGAUGUUCAACUACUCCAAGCCUUUUAAUGAUCUUUACUAAUCUAUCAUGUGCCAUGGAUCUUUAAUCAGUAACAUUCCACAUUUACAUCUCUACCAUAGUUUUAAUCUUAACACAAAUAACAAUUUAUGUGCAUCAUUUGGUUCUUUGGACCCCUGCAGAGAUCAAAUAUUUGGAUUUAACAAAACCUGUUUUUUUUCUUGGAGGGAUUUUUCCACCACAGAUAUCUUUAUCAUAGUAUUUAAGUUGUAUUAAAUUGUCCAACUAAUCAGUGAUUUAAAUAAAUGUGCAAACACAAACAAAGUGAUAGAGUUAAUAGACUUUAAUGUUAGUGUGAGUCAAGUAGGCAUUGUAAUAGAUGUAAGGGAGUGAUGGGCAACAACAUUUACAGUGAAAAGGGUUAAACAAGUCUUAAUAUCAGACAAAGAGGACCUGAGUAAAGAAAAAGAAAGCAGUUUUUAAAUAAGGAUUUCAUUUAAUAAGGUAAAAAAAAAGGCAUCCAAACCAACAUGGAGGUUGAUUUGGAUAAAAAAGUAAUCACUGCUCUUGUUAAAUCAUGAAUUGACUGUGCUGCACCCACAGCUGAUUACUGUGAGAGCUGCAGAAUCAAGAUUUAACUCUCAUAGAACCUGUUUUACAACAUUGACAUGGCUAAAAGAAAUAUCUCAAAAAGUAAUACAUCUUUCCCCAAUCUAAAAAGAAAAAUCACAGGAGAACAAAGCUAAAGUGAAAACUAAUGCUCUCCAAAAAGAGCACAAAGGUACGUCUUACAUUGUCUUACAAUACAUUCACAGAAAUGGAAAUGUUUGGGAAAAUAUUCUCAAAAGAGAUUAAAUGAAACAAACUAUUUGAAAGUUCUGCAUACCGUUGCAUUACAUAUAGAUAAUAACCUUUCGGAAUAUAAAUAUCUUACUGUGGCUGCUCUGGGGCCUGAAUGACUUGCUGUAAUUGUAAUUCUGCUCUGUUGGAAAAUCCAGAAGUAAAAUGUCUGCUCAGUUUGUGGUCUGCUCAAGGGCACUUGGGUAGGAACAUUUAUCAAAGUUCACCAGCAACUCCUCUGGCUCAAAACAAAAAAGGUUUUUCUUUCUACUUUCAAGUAAACUCUUGAAAGUAGAGUGAGCUCUCCAGAGUUUCUCUACAAGCUUAACAAAAAACAAUUAUAUUUAUAAGAAACGUUUGUUGGCUGCUUUUUUGUUCAGUUUUGCAGUUAAUUCAUGAUUUGAAAAGGAUUUUAAUUACUUUUUCACAUAUGGCCAGGUUGUAUUUCUGCGUUGUUUUUCUUCAGUUAAUAUUUUCUGAUAUUAGAAUUAGUUUGACAAGCAAAGACAUUUGAAUGUGUCAAAAAAGCAUCACAGCUAUGUAACUUUGAAUUACUACCAUUUACUUCUUGAAAAAAGUUUAAUUUCUAUUAGCCUCAGUUUUUGAAAAUCAACUCUUUUUAUUUUGAAAUUUGAAAUGUUUUUCCAUAUAUUAUGUGACUUACAGUAGGUCAGCCAUCAGUAUACCUCUGUAUAUGAGUUCUAAUGCAGAUCAUUUGUGUAAAUGGCUUUACUAAUAUAAACUAUAACAAACUUAUACUCUUAAUAUUAAGAGUAAAAAAAAAAAAACUUUAAAAUGUGUCAAAUGCUGCCCGCUUGAAAGCUGUGUGCACUUAUUGUAGCAUUUUUAUACUUCUAACACAAACAUAAUGUAUAUGUAGUCUAACUCAUAACUGUGCUGUGGGUCCGCCGUCACCAGAGGUUGUUUCUGGAGGUUGUUGGUGUAAAUGCAAGGCAUCUCUAUAUUUGCAAGGUAAAAGUUGUUGUUGCCAGUAUCCCUGUAUGGUGGUGGUGCUGACUUGCCAGUCAAUCAAAUCCCUCAAAAUGAAAUGAGCAGCAUGCUGUUGUUAUGCAGACAAAACAGUUGCAGCUGAUUUCAGUAAUGUUUUCCUUGAAAUAUUGGAUGUGGAUGAGGAAAAGAUUGUGGCCAGACUUCACCAUCAGCCGCAUUAAAUAUCUCCUGAACAGCUUUCACUUCCAGAUCUCACGCCGUCCGUAGCCCUAUUUAUAUGUAUCACAUGUAAUCUUCACUUCUGUACAGGCUUCUUUCUGACUCUACUGGGUAGAAUUGUAUAAUGGGCAUUCAGAUGACUAUAUAUUUUUCUAUGUAUUUCUAAAAUCCAUGUGAAUAUAAAAAAAGGUAUAUUUAGUGCUUCUUGGUGAAAGUACGUUCAACUCUAUUUGAUGUCAUUUAUCUCUCUUUGAGUAAUAUUAGUGUAGAGUGUUGUGUCACUGAAGAGUUUCUUUCCAAAGUUGAAUAUCCACCAGCAGAAAACGUUUCUGAAGUCGUAGGAACAAACUGAGCACACAAGAUUCUGCGUAGGUGAGAUUGUAACAGUUGGUGGUUUAAGGUGCGUUUCCACUGCAGGAACCUUUUCCAGGAGACAAAGUUUUUUUUUACCUUGGUUUCUUCUUCAGAAACAAGGGCCAAAUUAGAUAACCAAGGUAGAAAUAUAUGCAAAAGCUGUUCUGAUAGAGGUGGGAAAAAACUGAUGGGCUUUGAGCUGUGGAUGCAAAAUAUUUUUCACAGGUUUUCACAACAUAUCCCAGCAUUCUGUUUCAGUCAUCCCAGCUUAACCUCUUUACAGUUAAUUUAAAAUAAUGAGACGGGAGUAAUUAUUAAUGGUGUUUGCAAACCAUAUAAAUUCACUCGCUCUUGUUGAGCAUCAUGUUAACAUUCAAACACAUUAAUGAAAUCAUCUAGCUUGGUGGUUAAUUGAAUAAAUUAAAUAAACCACAGACUUCUACUUUCAGCCAUGUGUGGAAAUUGGAGAGUAACAUUUUUAUGUACGCUGAUUUUUAGACAUUUUAACUGUCAAUGUUACAAUACUAUAUCACAUAUUUUGAGAUGCAUUAAUUAAGUUACCUUUGGUUUUAUUUUAGUUUAGCAGACACAUUGAAGCUGGUGCAGCCUUUGAGUCCUGUUAAUGGAGGCUUUAAGUUUUAAAACUCAGUGGAUUUUGUCCUUUUUACUUUUCUCUCCUUUGAUUCACAACAAAAUCUGCCAAAGUAAAAGUUGCAAUUACAACUUAACAAUUGGAGUAACUCUAUGUAAACUAUAAAGAGUGAUCACAAUAUCAGAUAUUGUUGUCAUUGUCAAAAAUAAUAGUUUUUAUUGUUCGAAUUUGAAUUUGCUUCCUUUCCCCACACACAACAAGACAGAAUCAUCCCAGUUCACAUAAAAUCCAUUUUAGUCUCUCAUUUCCACAAAGUUUGAAGUGGUGGUACUUGGUACUAUAAACCAAUAUGAACCGAUCUGAUCUCCUGUUGAUGUGGGAAAAUAUCUGUGUCUCAGCAUCAGCGGACAUAAUUUGUGAGUGACCACAGACAAAAUGCACAUAAAAUGCAAGAAUAAAAAAAAUUUUUCCAGGAAAUUAAGUCCCUCUGGGAUAAUUCUGGGUCUCAUUGUGGAAACGCACCUUUAGAGAAGAAAGCAUCUUAUUCUGUAAAAAAAAAAGGAUAUAUAAAAGUUUGGAAAUAAGCUCUUUAAUUAUUUAAACUCUGAUGUAUGAUGAGCUUAAUUCCACCUCAUAACACAUCUUGGCUCCUGACAUUUUUUAACCCCAAAUUAGUUGUGUGUGUGUUUAGUGGAUGGCACUGAAUGAGGUGUUUAGAUCCUCGACACAAAAAUGCGUCUUUCACCCUUCUGAAAGUGUAUAUUAUAGAAACACUGCGGAAAUACACUGGAGCUGCACUAUCAUGUCCAUGAUAAUACACCACUGAUAUAUUCCUCACACAGAAUGCAACUUUCAGGACAUAAAAACACGAAAAGUGCGUUCUGUUUGGACUCGAAAGUCAGAUUUUCCAAAGUCGGCAAUCAUCAAGUAACCUAGCAGGUUCAGUAUCUUAUACAGCUUGUGAAAUCUGCAGAUGCUAUUGAUAACACAUUCUACACAUUAUAUAUUAUUAAACCAGUUGCACUUAGGGUGAUGUAAAAUAUCUAUUAGUAAAAGUGUUCCUUUUAGUGGUUUUAAACACUUACGAUGGAGAGAAAUGCAUUGUUAUUGUCUUGUAUUGCUAACAGUAGGUAGCAACACAGCAACUAGUAAAUCCCACUUUUCCCAAUCAGUGCGACAUCAUUCCCAGAUCCAAGCUCCAACUUCUUAGACAAACAGAACGCAGCUUAAGAUUUACUUUUAGUUGUUGUUGUCAUUUGUCUCUAUUUGAUGCAGGUCACACUACUUAAUGUGCACUAACAGUUUCACUCAUGCAUAUUUGCACUUUGUAAUCAGUUGCUAAAUUACAUUUUAACUGUAGAAUUAAGCAUGGCUUUAAAAUUAAGUGAAAAAAAUAAAAAUUGUUCAGACUGUUGGCUCACUGUGAACCUUCACUCUGACUAAUAGCUGAAAUGAAGGUUGAGGUCUCUAAAUUACCAUUUACAUUUACAUUGAUUUAGUUUUAGCUUGCAGGUUAAAUUGAAGGGGGAAAUGGCUAAAUUGCUGACACACAAGACAAUAACUUCAAGGUAACAAUUUGAUAUGACAUGUAACUGAAAAAUAUUAAUGUUUUUACUCCUAUUAAAACCUAAUUAAUCAUUAUUCUGCUUUGCCCUUUUGCUCUCUUGAAAUGUUUGUGUUGAAAAAUGAAUAAUGAGAAAAUGUAUUUCUCUGUUGAAUACAAUAAAUUAUAAUUCAUAAAAUCUAUGCCAGACAUUAUAACAGGUUUCAUGAAAACAGUGUCACCAGAACAAUAUAAACUUUAACUGGUGUUAAUUAUAUGAACAUUUUGUUGAGACAUACUUGGCUUCAUUGCCAGGUUCUACCUAUUGUUGAGGUUUUGGGUGAAAUCUGUCCUUUUUGCCAAGCUGUUGCCAAAGCAGUUAUUGCAUUAUGAAAAGUGUUGUUACACUGUUGUGUUGAGAUAACUUGGGACAAAUUUAUCAUGAGCAUAACUACAGUAACAAGUGAAUGUAUAACCUAUUCUUGGUGCAAAUGUGUGAAACUGAUUAUCUUAAGCCCUUUGCCUUAUUUUUACACUGCCUAUCUAAUGGUGUAUUUCAGGAAGACCUUUUUCAGGUGGUUAUUUCUGGCUGAUGAGUGUCUACUAAUAAAACUGUCUUUUAGCAUA